CGUGCAGAUGAUGCACGGGGCCGGCGGCGGCGGCGGCCUCGGGGGCACGCGGGUGCCGACGUGGCGGGAGCGGGAGAACAACCGGCGCAGGGAGCGCCGGCGCCGGGCGAUCGCCGCCAAGAUCUACACCGGCCUCAGGGCCUACGGCGGCUACGACCUCCCCAAGCACUGCGACAACAACGAGGUGCUCAAGGCGCUCUGCAACGAGGCGGGGUGGGUCGUCGAGCCCGACGGCACCACCUACCGCAGGGGAUGUAAACCUCCUCCACAAGCGCGUUUUGAUCCAAUUGGAAGGUCUGCUCCGCAAAGCCCCAGCUCUUCAUAUCAACCUAGUCCACAGGCUUCAUACAACCCAAGCCCUGCAUCAUCAUCAUUUCCGAGCUCUGGAUCCUCUUCUCAUAUCACUCUUGGUGGUGGAAACAACUUGAUUGGUGGUGUGGAGGGAAGUUCCCUUAUCCCGUGGCUGAAGAAUCUUUCGUCAAACCCCUCAUUUGCCUCCUCUUCCAAGUUACCACAGCUUCACCAUCUCUAUUUCAACGGAGGUUCCAUUAGUGCUCCAGUGACACCUCCAUCCAGCUCGCCAACUCAUACACCUCGUAUCAAGACUGAUUGGGAGAACCAAAGUGUUCUGCCACCAUGGGCUAAUGCAAAUUAUGCUUCUCUUCCCAACUCCACACCUCCAAGCCCUGGCCACCACGUUGCUCCAGACCCGGCAUGGCUAGCAGGGUUCCAGAUAUCAUCCGCUGGACCCUCAUCACCCACAUAUAACCUUGUUUCACAUAAUCCCUUUGGGGUCUUCAAAGAGGCUCUUGCCAGCUCAUCAAGAGUGUGCACCCCUGGACAGAGCGGAACAUGUUCUCCGGUAAUGGGCGGUGCGCCGGCUCAUCUUGAUGUUCAGAUGGUCGAUGGGGCCGCUGAUGAUUUUGCCUUCGGGAGCAACAGCAAUGGCAACAAUGAGUUACCUGGAUUGGUGAAGGCAUGGGAAGGGGAGCGGAUACAUGAGGAAUGCGCCUCGGACGAGCUUGAGCUCACCCUUGGGAGUUCACAGACUCGCGGAGAACCCUCCUGAUCAUGCUGCUGCAAUGCCUCGUCUUCGCCUGGGUUGAUUCUUGAAAUUUAUUUGGGCGUUGCUCUUCUGUUUUAUAAGUUCAGUGUUUGUAGAAAGAGAGAAGGGAGUUCAGGGAUCGGAUCAUGGUCCUCUGCAGAUGAUAUCCAUCCUCUUUCAGUCGUCUGGACUUUAGCUUAUGCAACUUCUUAACUUAUUUCUUUGGAUUCUUUUUCUUUUUUGAAAUAUGGACAAAAAAAAUGAACAAUGUCAAGUGAUAGGAAUGCGUGCAGGAAUGGCGGCGUGUGGCCACCAUUUGUCAUCCGUAAGAAGUAGCUGCAAGUCCUGUGACAUUCAUGUGCUCAUGCGAACAAGUUUCAGUUGUCCUUAAUAUGACUCUUGUUGUCCA